GUGGGUUCUCCCUGCUCCUCUCUGGCACCCGCCCUGGGUCUCCCCACUUCAGUUCCUCCCAGGGCCCCUUCACCGAUGUAGCUUCUCAGUCCUCGGUCCCUGACACUUGGGUGACUCUCGGGAGGCCCAUGGGGUCCCAACACACAGGAACGGGGUCUCUCUGCAGGAGCUGCUCUGAGCGCACCCAGCCAUGCCUGAGGGCACUCAGGGACUGUCCAAGCCCAGUCCCAGCCUUGGGUGUGGCCGGAGAGGUGACGCGUGUGACUGUGGAGCUGUAUGUGAGAGUCCGGCAGGCCCUGCAGCCCCCGAGAUGGCCUCUCGAGGCUCUGGUAGCAUCACAUCUCUGAGUACUGUGGGCUCUGAGGGGGACCCGGCCCCAGGACCCAUCCCAGCAUGCUCCUCGUCCAAGCCAGAGCCCCUUCCAGGGCCCCCCAUCCGCCUACACCUGUCACCUGUGGGAACCCCCAGUUCAGCCAAGCCCUCUCGGCUGGAGCGAGUAGCCCGAGAGAUAGUGGAGACGGAGCGGGCCUACGUCCGAGACCUCCGCAGCAUUGUAGAGGACUACCUGGGCCCUCUGCUGGACGGAGGGGCCCUGGGGCUGAGCGUGGAACAGGUGGGCACGCUGUUCGCCAACAUUGAGGACAUCUACCAGUUCAGCAGCGAGCUCCUGGAAGACUUGGAAGACAGCUGCACUGCAGGGGGCAUUGCCCAGUGCUUCCUGCAGCGGAGCGAGGAUUUUGACAUCUACACGCUGUACUGCAUGAACUACCCGAGCUCCCUGGCGUUGCUUCGGGAGCUGGCCCUGUCACCACCAGGAGCCCUGUGGCUGCAGGAGCGUCAGAUCCAGCUUCGCCACUCGCUGCCCCUGCAGAGCUUCCUCCUGAAACCUGUCCAGCGCAUCCUCAAGUACCACCUGCUGCUGCAGGAGCUCGGCAAGCACUGGGCGGAGGGCCCGGGUGCCGGUGGCCGGGAGGUGGUGGAAGAGGCCAUCGUCUCCAUGACGGCGGUCGCCUGGUACAUCAAUGACAUGAAGCGCAAGCAAGAGCAUGCUGCCCGCCUCCAGGAUGUGCAGCGUCGCCUGGGCGGCUGGACGGGCCCAGAGCUCAGUGCCUUUGGGGAGCUGGUGCUGGAGGGCGCCUUCCGGGGUGGAGGCGGCGGCGGCCCCCGACUGCGUGGGGGUGAACGGCUGCUCUUUCUGUUUUCACGGAUGCUGCUGGUGACCAAGCGCCGGGGCUUGGAGUACACCUACAAAGGCCACAUCUUCUGCUGCAACCUGAGUGUGAGCGAGAGUUCUCGAGACCCCCUGGUGUUCAAGGUGGUGGACCUGACCAUUCCCAAGCACAGGCACCUGUUCCAGGCCAAGAACCAGGAAGAGAAAAGGCUGUGGCUUCACUGUCUGCAGCGCCUCUUCUUGGAGAACCAUCCCGCCUCCAUUCCUGCCAAGGCUAAGCAAGUUCUUCUUGAAAACAGCCUGCACUGUGCUCCAAAAAGUAAGCCCGUCCCAGAACCACUGACACCCCCACUUGGGUCUCCUCGACCCCGAGAUGCUAGAAGCUUCACCCCUGGACGAAGGAACACAGCUCCAUCCCCUGGCCCCCCCAGGACCCACCACAGCCGCCGGCAGUCUGCUAACCCCAGACUCAAGCAUGCCGGCAGUGAGGGGGAGUACCACUCCCCCAUAGGGUCUCAGCCCCCCACUCCCGCUUCUGGACCCCCUGAGGAAUUGGAAGAAGCCAGACCCCCCACCCUGGACCCUCCUGGGACCUCGAUCACUGAAGAGAUCUUGGAGCUGCUGAACCAGAGGGGCCUCCGAGACCCGGCGGGCCCUCUACAGCGGUCCCCCCGUGACAGCCCCAAGUUCCCCAGAGACUCCGAGGUGCCGCUGGGCAGCAACAGCCUCCAAUUCCAAGCCCUGCCUAGCCGGGACUCUUCAGAAGAGGAGGAAGAGGAGGAGGAGGAGGAGCUGGAGGCGGAUGAGCGGGAGCCUUCCCCACUCCACGUCCUGGAAGGCCUGCACAGCACCAGUGCCGCUGACAUUCCCGACAUUCCGGGCCUUCCCCAGAUUCCUGCCACUCCUGGCCUUCCUGAAAUGCUUCCUGCCAUGCCUAACCUCCCUGCCAGCCCCAGCACCCCCACCCUCCCCUGUGGCCCCCGGCUCCAGGGGCCCCUGCCUGAGCCCGCUGCCCCUCCGGCUGCUAGGAGAGAACUGUUGCCUGGUGACCAUCAAGAGGCCUCCGGAGGCCAGGCCGAGCCUGAAGAGGAGGAGGAGGAGGAAGAUGGAGAUGGCUCGUUCUCGGAUUUCCCACCCAAAGAGGUCCCCGAAGAUCCUGGAUCCCCAGGUGAGCCGGAGCCUCACCCUUGCCCAGAAACCCAGAGCGGCUGGCCAGCGCUGGAGCAGGAGCAGCUAGCCCAGCCCGGCUUCCCGGAGCCGCUGCUGAUCCUGGAAGAAUCAGACCUGGCCGGAGGCUGCCACAGCGAGAAGGCAGGGCUCCCUGGUGGGGAGCGGGCAGCCUCCCGGGUGCGAGAGCUGGCGAGGCUCUACAGCGAGCGCGUCCAGCAGAUGCAGCGGGCAGAGACCCGGGCAUACGCCAACGCACCCCGCCGCCGGCCUCGGGUUCUGGCCCAGCCCCAGCCGUCUCCUUGCCUGGUCCCCGAGCAGGCCCAGCCAGGGCCCCUGGCUGCCUUCGGACACAUGCUGGUGUGUGAGGUGCCCUUGGCGCUCAUUUGUGCCCAGGAAGCUGUCCCCCUGGGCCCUGCUGCCCAGGUGCAAGCUGCCAAGCCUUUGUCUAAACUAGGAGGCUGCCUGAGCAGCCAGAGCCUACCUGUUUCCCAUUCGCCGGAGCGAGGCCAUCUGGCCAGUGAGGCUCCCACCCCUUGGCCUGGGACAGGAGACGUCCUGGCACCUGCCACCAUGCCCCCGCUGCCAGUGCAAGAGGUCCCCCCUGACAUCCAGGCCCCAGCUGCCAUACCUUCCCCCCGUCAAGAAGGCCACCUGGGAGCACACAGUCCAGCCCACGACCCUCGGCUGGAGCCCGGAGACCACCAAGGAGAAUCCUCCACCCUUCUUCCUGAGCAAGGACGCCACGCGCACCUCCAGGUUCAAGCCCCCUCAGCUGUGCCCAAGCAAGACGCCGACCCAGAGAGGCCGAGCCCCCCCAGCCUCCUAUCAACUCAGCAUGGAGACCCCAAGGAUGUUCAGGCUCCAGCCAGCACCCCACUGCCCUUGCCACAAGACCUGCCCAACUUGCAGGUGUCAGGCACCACAUCUGUGCCUCCAGGUGGAGAACACCUGGACCACUGGGUCCCUGCCAGCUCUCCAUGGUCUCUACCACAGGACCCUCUGGACCUGCAGGGACUGGACACCAUGCCUCUGUGUGCACGUGGAGGCCACGUGGGCCAUCCGAUGCAGGCCAGUGCACCGUGGUCUCUGUCCCAGGACUCCUCGGACACUGAGGGUCCAGGUGCCUCGCCGUUGCCCCUGGUGCAGGGCCUCACCGACACCCGAACACCUUUGUCCAAGCAGGAGAGCUACCCAAAUGCACAGAGCCCCACGAAUGCCCCUUUGCUUCUGGAACAAAGCCUCCCCGGGCACCACAGCCCAACACAUUCAGCUGUGUUGGAACAGAGCAGCCACACAAACAUUUCUGUGUCUGAACCAGCGGGCUCCCCAGACAUUCUGCCCACCCCAGCUCAGACCUCCAAGCCAAGAGGCCACUUGGACUUGACCCCACCCCAGAGCCCACCCCCCCCCACCCAUCAGCUCCUGGGUCCUAGUGCCAUUGCCCUUUCGAAAUACUUAGCAGCCUCAUACAUCAGCCAGAGCCUGGCCCGGCGGCAGGGGCCUGGGGGAGAGGUUCCCCCAGCUGCCAGGGGCCCCUGGCCCUCCUCGGCCCCCACCUCACGGGCACCUUCGCCCCCUCCCCAGCCCCAGCCUGCACCACCUCCAGCCAGGAGGCUUAGCUAUGCUACCACCGUCAGCAUUCACGUUGGGGGUGGGGGCCGACUGCGGCCAGCCAAGGCCCAGGUCAGGUUGAACCACCCUGCCCUCUUGGCCCCCACCCAGAAGCCAGUGGGUUCUCGAAGGGCCCAAGCCCCUGACACCCCUUUCCACUUGUGAGCUAAGGACUCAGAUGCCCCGAAGAGUAAAAAGGACACAGCUGGCUGGAAGCCACAGACCCUCCACGUGACUCCGGAUGCCGGCCCCAAGCUUGCUGCCACACCAGCUCUUGGGAUCCGCUGGAGCCAACGGCCUCGCACGGUCGCAUGGGUACUUUCUUAAUACUGAGAAGUUGUAUGUCUCACCACUCUGGGGCGAUGGGGGAUGACGGGAAAUUGAAUGAAUGGGAAUGUCGGGCGUAGCACAGGGCUUGUGGUUCUGAAGAAGGCGCGAUGGUGCCAUGUUCAAAGCCCUGUGGGGAAUUUGUGGAAACAAAAAAAACCCAGACCUACA